CUGCCUAGCUGCCUUUCGGGAGCAAGGGGGAAGAGUUGCUUACUGAUUGGCGCGUUCCGUUUGGCGCCAACUAGGAACGGGGGCGGGGCAGCGACUGUCUACUAAGCAAUUACCGCGAAAGGCCUUCUCCCGAGAGACAGCGGCCCGGGAGGGAGGUUGCCGGCGCCCGCCCGCCCGCUGGCCUCGCGGGGUGAGGGGGAAGCAACCUUGCGUGUGGCUGGCGCCUGCUGGGUCCGGACACCCGCCCGUCCGCGCCGCUUCUCCCGCGACAGCCGCGUCCCUGAACCGCGGGGUCGUGUUUGUGUUUGACCCGCAGGCACCGGCGGCGGGGCUCGCGGCCCAGGCCAGUGGCGGCAGGGCGGGGCGGCGCGGCGGAGGAAGAGGGAGCGGGAGCCCCGGGAGGCCGGGCGCCGCCAUGGAACUGGGCCCGGAGCCCCCGCAUCGCCGCCGCCUGCUCUUCGCCUGCAGCCCCACUCCUGCGUCGCCCGUCGAGAAGACGCUGUUCGGCACGCCAGCCGCGGGGGGCCUGUCGCCUGUCACCAACCUGACGGUCACCAUGGAUCAGCUGCAGGGACUGGGCAGUGAGUAUGAACAGCCGCUGGAGGUAAAGAACAGCAGUCUGCAGAGAAUGGGCUCCUCCGAGUCAACCGAUUCAGGCUUUUGCCUGGAUUCUCCUGGGCCCUUGGACAGUAAAGAAAACCUUGAAAAUCCUAUGAGGAGGAUACAUUCCCUGCCUCAGAAGCUCUUGGGGUGUAGUCCCGCUCUGAAGAGGAGCCACUCUGAUUCCCUUGACCGUGACGUCUUUCAGCUGAUGGACCAGGAUGAGAACAAGGAAAACGAAGCCUUUGAGUUUAAGAAGCCCAUAAGACCCGCGUCUCGAGGCUGCCUGCACUCUCACGGACUUGAGGAGGGUAAAGAUCUCUUCACACAGAGGCAGAGCUCUGCCCCGGCUCGGAUGCUUUCCUCAAGUGAAAGAGAUGGCGGCGAGCCAGGGACCUGCAUCCCGCUGUUUAUGCCCCAGUCGCCUGUGACUGCCACGUUGUCUGAUGAAGAUGAUGGCUUCAUGGACCUCCUCGAUGGGGAGAACCUGAAGAAUGAUGAAGAGACCCCAUCCUGCAUGGCAAGCCUGUGGACAGCUCCCCUCGUCAUGAGAAGGACUACAAACGUGGGCAAUCGGUAUCAGCUGUUCGACUCCACCUCCCCGGGCAGCUUGGCCGCGCGGUCGCUGUUGAAAAGGCCAGAACGGUCCCAAGAGGAGUCCCCACCCGGAAACACGAAGCGGAGGAAGAGCACGGCUUGGGCCGGCCCCGAAGAGGCGGCGAGCCCAGGGAAGCCCCCGGAGAUUCUGCAUCAGUCUGUAUCCCUGGUGUCUUCCUCAAAAGGGACCAUUGAGAACAUUUUGGAUAAUGACCCGAGGGACCUUAUAGGAGACUUCUCCAAGGGUUAUCUCUUCAAUACAGUUGCUGGGAAGCAUCAGGAUUUAAAAUACAUCUCUCCAGAGAUUAUGGCGUCUGUUUUGAAUGGAAAGUUUGCCAACCUCAUCAAGGAGUUUGUCAUCAUCGACUGCCGGUACCCGUAUGAAUACGAGGGCGGCCACAUCAAGGGCGCGGUGAACUUGCACAUGGAGGAGGAGGUCGAAGACUUCUUACUCAAGAAGCCCAUCGUGCCUGCCGACGGCAAGCGUGUCAUCGUGGUGUUCCACUGUGAAUUUUCCUCCGAGCGAGGCCCUCGCAUGUGCCGCUACGUGCGAGAGCGAGAUCGGCUGGGCAACGAGUACCCCAAACUCCACUACCCUGAGCUGUACGUCCUGAAGGGCGGGUACAAGGAGUUCUUCCUGAAGUGCCAGUCUCACUGUGAGCCCCCCAGCUACCGGCCCAUGCACCACGAGGACUUCAAAGAAGACCUGAAGAAGUUCCGCACCAAGAGCCGGACCUGGGCGGGGGAGAAGAGCAAGAGGGAGAUGUACAGCCGCCUGAAGAAGCUCUGAGGCCGGCGGGGCAGGCGGCGGCCUGAGCCUCCUCCGUCCUCCACCCCUUUUUGCUGCAGAGAAACCUGAGCGAAGGGGCCGACUCGGUGACACUGGAGAGAGAGCCUGGGCUUCCCGCCUCAACCCUCACUUUCCACACUCCCAGGGUCAGAGCCCAGCGCGCCCUGCUGGCUGCGCCUUUUCGUCCCUGCGUCAGGCCUGCCUCCCCAGGCUGUCACGGGCCCAGUUUUGAGCACCAAGACGAUGCACCACCUGCCUCUUCGUCCCCUGGGCUGGAGAACCUCCUGGGGCACCACUGGGUCCCGCCCCUCCGAGAGGGGAGGGCGAGGCGAGGGCGUGACGCGACACAGCGGAAGUGCUGCCGGUCAGACACCACAGGCGGCCUGGGAAGGACGCAGUCUGCGUGGGGGAACCCGUGUCUUUAAUUUAUUCAACCUCAUCAAUCACUUUAUUUUUUUUAACUCCUGGAAACUUUUAUUUAACUGCUCUUUAAGUCAAAAUACUGCCAUUUUAUCAUCCCAAGGACUACCUCUGCUUUUAAUUAAAAAGGGGGGGAGAAGAGGCCGAACGGGCGUGUGGGACAGGAGUAGCGCUGUCACCCCCACCCCCGGGAGGCGCUGCGGCGCGGGGGCUGCCGCUAUUUAAAGCCAAAGACUGAGACGGCGGUGGGAGCAGCGGGCACUGGACUCGGCCUUCCUGCCGGGCGGGAGCUGCGCCUCCAGGACCUGCCUCGAAGGCCCCUGAGGUCUGCUGGGGGCGGGGUGAGACCCCGCUCCUGCCGCAGUUCCCUGUGAGGUCGGCCGGCAGAGGAGUGGAUGCGGAAAGCACUUCAGGCAGCUUGCAUGGGGCUCCCCACCCCCACCCCGGUGGUCAGUGUUGGAACGUGGUAGCGUAGGUGUCCCCAAGUAGGGAGACUGGGCUGGGGGCGGGAAAUAUGCACUGAGUGUUCUAUGACUCUGGUACUCCUGGUAGCUUUUGAUUUUCUGAAAAUAGUGAUUUUAUCGGUCAAGGAGUAUCAGAUCAGUGUUGGCUGGCCCAUCCAAGGGCGGGGCGAGGGGCUGGAAGCCCUGGGCUUCAGGAGAAGGACGAGGGUGCGGGCACAGCGGUGCCUGGGGUGUUUCUCAGGAGGCAGUGUGAUGGGUUGUGAAGGCAGAACUCUCUGAGUUUAUCAUGUUUUAAUUUGAGGGGCAGGGAGUGGUGGGUCGUCCCCAGUGGCUUCCUCCUCCAACCCCGUGGAAGCAGGGGGUCUCCAAGGAGCGCCUCCCAUCCGCGGAGCCAGGGCCGCCUUCACUGCUUCUGGACAGGCCUGUUCGUUCUGCUCAUCCCCACCGACCGGCGCCAGCCCCCUCGCCAUCUCUGCGCCCUCGGGGUGCAGCCAAGUUCGCCCCGUGCACAGGAGUGAGUCCCCCUCCUGCCUUGGCUUCCUGCUGUGGAGCUGGGGAGGGAACCGGCUGGUUGCUGUGUUAAUGGGUUUGAGUUGCAUUUGGCUGUAGAACAAUCUUGUUCGAAGAAAAGUUUGAGGGAGAAGACCUAUGCCCCCCCCACACACACUGAGAGGUCGCCGUUGGUCUGUGUAAUCUGGUCUGCAGGGGUUCUGUGGUUCGAAGGCCUGGAGAGGGAGGUGGAGCGCCGUUCGGAUUGUGCCGCCCUGAGUAGCAUUGCUAACCGGCUGUCGCAGGCUCUGAAAAUAAACCGCCAGUCCUGAACCCA